CAUUAGAAUCGAGAUCCAUCAUCCCUCGCAUAGUAAUAGUUUUGCAGAGCUCAUCAAAUCGAACCUCUAAUUCCCGCGUUCCCGCAAAGCCACUUUCUUCUUUCCAAUAACACACGCAAAUUUCAUUUUUAUUUGAUUCAACACCUUUUUCACCGACAAACUUUUUCUUUUGUCCUCUUUUCAAUGAUUCAUUUGUAGGUUAAACUUGAUAAUUCAACUGUGAACUCAACCAGUUGUAAAACCAUGAUUUGAUUCUGGAUCCGACGCAUUCGUUAAGGUUCGGAGAUGGCAUGGUUUAGUGGGAAAAAUACAUGGGGCAACUUCCCUGAUUUGACGGGAGCUGUGAAUAAGCUUCAGGAGAGUGUGAAGAAUAUUGAGAAGAAUUUCGAUAAUGCUCUGGGAUUCGAAGAGAGGUCUGAAUCCAGCAAUGAAGCUGCAGGAUCAUGGCCUAUUCCCACUGACAGGAAAGCCCUAUUUAAUCCUGUUUUGGCCUUUAUGGGGAACACAAGUGAGGAAACUAGGGAUGAGACAUCGGAAAAAGUUGAGUCCUCUCAACAAGAAUCUGAAACUGAGAAGUCACAGGAAAAGCCUGAGGCUCUGGACCAUAUACCUGUGGCUGAGGGAAAAGAAGGCUUUCAAACUGAUAACACGGUCCACAUCGAAGCUGAAGAAACCACUGUUCAAGAAGACAAUAAAGUGCUCAAGGGAGAAGAAGAUGGUGAGCAUACAGAGUCAGCAGAUGGAACAACUGCACAGAAUUGGGACCAUGGAAAGGAAGAACACCAGUUACCUGAGAUGCCUGUUGAAUUGCCUGAAUCCCCCAUUCAGAAGUUUGAGAGUUCGGAUUCUGUUGACAUUCCUCAAGAGAAAGAGAUUGCUGAAGUGGGAACAUCUGAAAGUUCAGUGUCAAUGCAACCCAUGCCUUCUAAUCUUGGGGACAAGGUAGUUGAGGGUAGUACCAGUGAGCCUGGCGAGUCACAUGGUGUUAAUGAUGUGCAUGAAAAUUUUCAAGUCGAGACAAAGGAGGAGACUCAGGAGAGUAAAGAAGAAAAGGAGGUGCAAGCAGAAGAAAGUGUGGAGAGAAUCUCUUAUGUUCAACCUGAAGCAUCAGGUGAUAGCGAGAAAAGAGAUGAGAUUGACACUUCUGUUCUACAGUCUGUGACUUCUGAGGAAAUCAAUAGCAUUGAUCAAUCAUAUAAUGAACAUUUGUCCCCUGAUCCUCCACCAAAUGAAUCUUUUGAGGUGGUAUCUGAAUUGGUUUUGCAUGAAAAUGAAACAACUGCUCAAAAAAAUGAAAGGGACCACUUUGCCGAUGAUGUUGAAACUAACAUGAAAGAGCAGCAUUUGAGAAGAAAUAUGUCUGACUCAGAAUCCAUGCUUGAACUGGAGAGGGUGAAGAGGGAGUUGAAAAUGAUGGAAGCUGCACUACAAGGUGCUGCAAGACAAGCUCAGGCUAAAGCUGAUGAGAUUGCAAAAUUGAUGAAUGAAAAUGAACAAUUUAAAGCUGUGAUUGAGGAUUUCAAGAGAAAAUCCAAUGAGGCAGAAAUUGAGUCUUUGCGAGAGGAAUAUCAUCAGAGGGUUGCAACUCUCGAAAGAAAGGUUUAUGCUCUCACUAAGGAAAGGGAUACUCUUCGCCGAGAACAGAAUAAAAAAAGUGAUGCAGCUGCUCUCUUGAAGGAAAAGGAUGAAAUAAUUAAUCAAGUUAUGGCAGAAGGUGAAGAGCUUUCCAAAAAGCAGGCCGCUCAAGAAUCUACUAUUAGGAAACUAAGGGCUCAGAUUAGAGAUCUUGAGGAGGAGAAGAAAGGUUUGACUACUAAACUUCAGAUAGAAGAGAAUAAAGUAGAAAGUAUCAAGAGGGACAAGACAGCAACAGAGAAGUUGUUGCAAGAAACAAUAGAAAAAAAUCAAACAGAACUUGCAGAACAGAAAGAAUAUUAUACUAAUGCUUUGGCUGCUGCUAAGGAGGCUGAAGCAUUAGCAGAGACACGUGCCAACAAUGAAGCAAGAACGGAGCUAGAGAGUCGUCUAAGAGAAGCUGAGGAACGUGAAUCUAUGCUAGUCCAGGCGCUCGAAGAAUUGAGGCAAACAUUAAGUAGAAAGGAACAACAGGCGGUCUUCAAAGAAGACAUGCUUCUCAAAGACAUUGAGGAUCUUCAAAAACGUUACCAGGCAAGUGAAAGACGGUGUGAGGAACUGAUUACGCAAGUUCCAGAAUCCACAAGGCCGCUCUUAAGGCAAAUUGAAGCCAUGCAGGAAACAAAUGCCAGAAGAGCUGAAGCUUGGGCUGCUGUAGAAAGAUCUCUCAAUUCUCGACUUCAGGAAGCAGAGGCUAAAGCUGCAACUUCUGAGGAAAGAGAGAGAUCUGUGAAUGAGCGCUUAUCUCAAACCUUGUCUCGAAUUAAUGUCCUUGAGGCUCAGAUUUCAUGUCUUAGGGCAGAACAGACCCAAUUAAGUAGGACCCUUGAAAAGGAGAGACAAAGAGCAGCUGAAAGUAGGCAGGAAUAUCUUGCAGCAAAGGAGGAAGCUGACACUCAAGAAGGUCGUGUGAGACAGCUUGAGGAAGAGAUUAGAGACAUUAGGCAGAAGUACAAGCAAGAGUUACAUGAGGCAUUGAUGCAUCGGGAGCUUCUUCAGCAGGAGAUAGAAAAAGAAAAGGCUGCUCGAUCAGAUCUGGAGAAGACUAUUCGUGUUCAUUCUAAUCCAUUAUCAGAUCAAACUCCCACAACAAAGCUAACUUCUUCUUUUGAGAAUGGGAACCUGUCUCGGAAAGUCUCUAGUGCAAGCUCCCUGGCAAGCUUGGAAGAAAGCCACUUUCUGCAAGCAUCAUUGGACUCAUCUGACAGUUUUUCUGAGAGGAGAAAUCCUGGAGAACUAAGCAUGAGUCCUUACUACAUGAAGAGCAUGACGUCCAAUUCUUUAGAAGCUGCACUUCGUCAGAAGGAGGGUGAACUAGCUUCAUAUAUGUCACGUUUGGCAUCACUGGAAUCUAUUCGUGAUUCUCUUGCUGAGGAGUUGGUUCAAAUGACAGAACAGUGUGAAAAAUUGCGAGGGGAGGCUGCUGUAUUACCCGGCUUACGGUCAGAGCUAGAAGCACUGAGGAGGAGGCAUUCUGCUGCUUUGGAGCUGAUGGGCGAACGUGAUGAAGAGCUGGAGGAACUUCGUGCCGAUAUCGUAGACUUGAAGGAAAUGUACAGAGAACAAGUCAACUUGCUUGUGAAUAAGAUCCAGAUAAUGGGUUCAUCAAUAGGUAACACUUAAUUUGGCCGAAGAAGGGGCCGAAAAGGUAGUGUCUAGCUACUGUUUGAGAUGGCCAUGUCUCUGACCUGUGCGAUGUCAAUUGGCACAGUAAUAGUAUUGAAGAUUGGUGCAUUUGGUCUAUGGAGAAUGAUUCCUUCAGGCUCUUUAUGGAAAGAUUCAUCUUUUGUUUGUCUGGACUCUGGGCAACAGAUAUGGAUAUUCACCCUUGUUAAAUAUGAUUUGCAUCAUGACUAAGGGUAUGUUGUAUAGUCCGUCUCUUUAUGCCACAUUCAAACCUCGAAAGAUCCAAAAGAAUCUUCUUACUAGGAUAGUUAACAAUAUACGGAUUUUUGCGAGUGUGUGUGAUGUUCCAAAUAAACGAAAUAUAUAUUCCUUUGAA